AUCUUUCGUAUUCGCAACUUAUUGAAGAAAAAUCGUUUCUAUGGAUGGCAAUCCGCUUUUGAGGUUAUGUUUGGUCAAAGAGGAAUCUUUGGUUUUAUUUACUAAAUAUCAAUACAAAUAUUUCCAGUUUGCUAGGAUUUAGAGAAAAUGGUUAACUUAUUCCAGUAAUAAUAUCCAAAAGUGUCUUAUUCGUGAAAAUUCUUGAACGCGAUCGAAAAUGUCUUCAAGUAAACAAGAAUUCGUACUAGAAUCAGUUGGAAUAAACGGCCCUAAUUAUCUGAAACAUGCCUUGACCAACUGCACAGAUCCUUUGAAAGCCAUUGAGCAGUUUCAAGUAACAAAUGGAAUAUUAUUACCAUCUUUAAGGCCUAUGUUACCCUUACUUGAUCUUCACGGAGUAAGAAGAUUAGACUUUCACAUGUCUGUUGUGGAAGAACUGAGGGAGAAGAUGGUAUCACAUAUAAAUGAAAUUGGUAAAACAGAAGGAGAUAAAAGGGAUCAAAAAUUGAAAGAACUUCUAGUGAAAACCUUCCCUGUGAUAAAAGUCAAAGCCCUCAGACCGAUAGUGAUGGCCAUUUUGAAAAAUACUCCGCAAAUUGAAGACCAGUAUUUGAAAGUUUUGGUUAGAGACAGGGAUUUAUAUAAUGAUGCUGAUACUGAAGUAAAACGACAGAUUUGGAAGGACAAUCAAUCAUUGUUUGGAGAUGAAGUGUCUCCACUAUUUAGCCAAUAUAUCAGUGAAAAAGAAAACAUUUUAUUUGAUCAUUCUAACACCAGUGUACAAUUUUUUGGACCAACCCCAAAAAAUCGACGUCAGGGAGAAGUUGUGCAAAAACUAGCUCAUAUGAUUGGAAACAGUGUUAAGCUGUAUGAUAUGGUCCUGCAGUUUCUCAGAACAUUAUUUCUUAGGACAAGAAAUGUACAUUAUUGUACCUUACGAGCCGAAUUGCUGAUGGCCUUGCAUGAUAUGGAUAUUCAAGAAAUCGUGAAGGUGGACCCAUGUCAUAAAUUCACCUGGUGUUUAGAUGCAUGUGUUCGUGAAAAAGCUAUAGACACAAAACGUUCUAAAGAACUUCAAGGAUUCAUGGACAAUGUUAAAAGGGGUCAGGAACAAGUUUUGGGUGAUUUGUCAAUGACGUUAUGUGAUCCUUAUGCGGUGAAUUUCUUGGCAACUACUGCUGUCAAAAUUUUUCAACACUUGAUACAUGUGGAAGGAUUACCUAGGGAUAACCCUGUUUUAAUUUUAAUCCUCAGAAUGUUAUCACUUGGUUUGAGUGCUUGGCAAAUGAUAGAUUCACAAGAAUUCAAGGAGCCAAAACUUGAUUCACAAAUUGUCACCAAAUUUGUCCCUGCAUUGAUGUCAUUAAUGGUUGACGAUCAAGUCAGAAAUUUAUCCAGUAAGUUACCGCCAGAUGAACGUGAAGCUGCUAUUACUGUUAUUGAACAUGCUGGUCCCCUUCCUGAUGCUGUAGAAGCAUAUCUGCAAGACAGUUCUGUGGCAAGUAUACUUGCAAUGUAUUACACACUCCAUGUGGCAAAAAGUAAGGAUAGGGUUGCUUUACUCAGAAUUUUACAAGUAUUAGCAAACUGUAAAGAUGAUAAAGCUUUCGAUGAUCCAUUUUUGCAUUCUUUGGUGUCCCUGUUGAUACAUAACAUGGAAGAGUUCCAAGCAGAAGAUUUUUGCACUGCACUUUUCGAUGAAUUCUUCUUUGCUGGUUUAUCUAAAGACAAUGUGAAUAGACAUGUGUUGAAAUUACUGUGGUAUAUCCAUCAAAAGUUACCAAUAAACAGAUUGGAUACACUAUUGAAAGCAUUACAACCAACACAUCAGCAUAGUGAGAAGGUCCACACACUUUUCAAGUUACUGAAAGAAAAGAUAACCACUACAGAAGAGCCUCCCCUGCAAGAAAUGGAUAUCGAUUUGAAUUCCCCAUUAAUGAGUGUUCCUACACCUGCUCCAUAUCAUAUAUAAAAUUAUAAAAGAUCUAUGUUGCAAUAUGAAAGCUUAUGCAAUUUCAAUGUACAUAUUUUAAAUGUAUAUCUAAAUCCUUCCAAUAUUAAUAUAGAAAAAUAUCUAAAAUAAAAAAUUUAAAUCA